UUUCCACCAGCCCUGGCCUGGCGUCCAUUUCAUAUCAGCCUACGUGUUCGUUGACAGACUGUUCGUUGGCAGACUGUUCGUUGGUCAUGAGUUCACACUGGCUCUGGAGCCCAUCAGGGGUGAGUAAAUCCCCCGUCACGGUGGUAACGUCAAGUUACACAUACCUACCUACCGUACCUACAUGUAAGGAUGUAGGUCACGGUAGGUUCCGGUCUGGUCCCCCGCCGUUUGAUGGCUGACCACACCACAGAUGUCGACAAGCAUUUUGUCGUUCUCCGCAGUCUCCCCAAUCAUACCCGGUCUCCAGAAACCUUGGCUUUGGCCAAACGUUGGGUUGCCGAUUGUUCCCAAAAUCAUGAGAAAUGCAGAAAGACCACGGUGGAAGGUGCUUGGUCUCCAACUCGUCUUCUUGAUUUGACUCGACUCACUGAAGUUGGUCGAGUCAAUGAUGGCCCUGAGCAGUUAUUGGAUCAGACUGUGUUCCUCAUCGAAACAGCAAACGCACCCCCCGUUAAACGAUACACCACCUUAUCCCAUCGCUGGGGUUCGGAAGAGCAGGUGAAGCUGACCAAAGACACGUAUCUCCAACUCUCCAACGGAGUAAAGCUAGAUUCACUGCCACAGCUCAUUCAGGAUGCGAUUUUUGUCACGGUUGAGCUGAGUGUCGGCUACCUUUGGAUCGACCUACUCUGCAUCUACCAAGAUGACGUAGCCGACUGGCAGCGCGAGUCUUCCCUAAUGCAGAAGGUCUACUCAAAUUGCUUCUGCAACAUCUCGGCUGGGAACGCAAAUGGCUGCUUCGAGUCCAUGUUCAACUCCCGGGAUCCAAGCAUGUUUCUUCCCCAAGUCAUUGAACUCGAGACUCGCUAUCAACAUGUCGGUGAGGACGACAUAAUCUUGAACCGCACAAAGACCCUAUAUCGCGUCUUCGAGGCUUCGUUUUGGAGAAACAAUGUCACCAACGAACUUGUCAACAAGCGAGCCUGGGUGUUCCAAGAGCGCUUUCUUUCGCCCCGCGUCCUCCAGUUCGGCAAAAGACUGGUAACCUGGGACUGUCUAGAGCGGCCCGCAGCCGACAUGUUUCCCGAUGGUUUUCCCGAGAUCCUUCGCCACCUAAAUCGGUAUCGAUAUUUCGGCGGCGACUUCAAGAGCUGGAGGAGUAUAGACGAGUACGGGAUAGAUUCGCCCUAUAUUCUCUGGGAGCAUCUUGUACGCAGGUACAGCGCCUGUGCUCUGACUUUUCCCGGCGACAAGCUUGUUGCUUUCAGUGGCGUCGCAAAACACAUGGCUGGAAUCUUGAAAGAUGAGUACGUCGCGGGUAUGUGGCGCCGCUAUCUUGAGGGCGAGCUUCUCUGGAUGGUCGACGCGGGUAAACGCAAACGCCAAAUACUGGGCAGGCAACCCAAGCCACGGCCCGUUGAGUACCGCGCGCCUUCCUGGUCCUGGGCAUCUGUUGAUGGCCCGGUAACUCCCGGAAGGGCCCCAAUCAACGUCGAGAGCUUACUUAUCAAGGUUGAGGAUGUGCACCUGAGUUAUCAGACAGGCGAUACGACCGGACAAGUAACGGGCGGGUGGCUUCGACUGCGAGGUAUCCUCAAGGAGCUGAAACUUGUCGGCAAAAUCCUUGAUAACGGGUGGCACGUGUGGCACAUGUAUCUGGACGGCGUCAAAGUGGCAAUUUUACCGGACGAUUUCACCGCCGGGGGGGCGCUCACACUCGACAAUUUUGAGGGAGACUUCGAUGAAGAGUAUGGUAAUGCCCUGUUGUUCGCCAUGUGCGCCCGCAAAACUCAGAGGAGCGAUGGCUUGGUUAACAGGCAAAUGUUCAUCUUGCUUUUCAGGCUUGUCAACCGGGAAAAGGCUGUUUUUGAGCGUAUCGGUGUUUUUGAAACAUUCGACGAGGAAGUAGAGACGGAGGUACUGAAGACACAGAGACCAGCUGAUGCUCCGCCAAUACCGUGCCUUGAGUUUCGAGAUGGGAUGCACACCAUUUGCGUAAUUUAAGGCUAGGCAGAUGCAUAUAUCUCUGAUUACACAGCAAGGGGGCUAAACGAGUUAACUCCGCCCCCAUGUGGCGAUUUCAAAUUUCAUUCAGCUCGAGCCUCAGGGGAAACCAGCUAUCAUUCUGUCAAGUCCCCGGAUAAUCAUAUCAAGAAAGCUAGAUACAUGACUGUUGUAAAAGAUCGAAGAGAAGGGGAACCAACUGGACAAACUAGAUACCUUAGGCAAUGCCGGAUGCUUCCCGCCACUCAGAGAGAAGCCCUCUGUUCGCACCCAAAGAGCGGAUUCAUUCGUAUGAUGUAGUUCUCUCCG